UUUGUAGGUGCGAACGUCUUUGUGCGGCGGACAAAUGAGGAGCGGCGGAGGAGGAGGUGGGCGCUGCUGCGACGUAAGAUCCACAUCAGCUCAAGUCCGCUCCCAUCCCAGCCGGCACUUCCUCACUUUCUCAAGUGGUGGCUCGCCGCGCACCGCUCCCUGCCUCCCGUCCGGGGCUUGCCCGAGCCCUCCCCGAGGGUUGGCUCCCUGCUAGACUCGGGGGGGCUCCCUCGCGUGCCGCCAGAAGGGGCUGGAUGGUUACACCGGGCAGAUUGGCUCCAUGAUGUUAGGGGCUGUGAAAAUGGAAGGGCAUGAGACGAGCGAGUGGAACAGCUACUACGCCGAGACGCAGGAGGCCUAUUCGACGGUGCCGGUGAGCAACAUGAACUCCGGCCUGGGCUCCAUGAACUCCAUGAACACCUACAUGAGCAUGAACGCCAUGACCACCAGCGGCAACAUGACGUCGAGCUCCUUCAACAUGUCCUACGCCAACCCCAGCCUGAGCCUGAGCCCCGGCGGCACUGGGGGCGCCAUGAACAGCAUGUCGGCCAUGGGGUCGGCGCUGAGCCCCGGCGGCAUGAACGCCAUGGGGGCGCCGCAGGCCUCCCUGAACGGCCUGAGCGCCUACCACGGGGCCAUGGCGCCCUGCAUGAGCCCCAUGGCCUACGCGCCCUCCAACCUGAGCCGCGGCCGCGACGCCAAGAGCUUCAAGCGCAGCUACCCGCACGCCAAGCCGCCCUACUCGUACAUCUCGCUCAUCACCAUGGCCAUCCAGCAGGCGCCCAGCAAGAUGCUGACGCUGAGCGAGAUCUACCAGUGGAUCAUGGACCUCUUCCCCUACUACCGCCAGAACCAGCAGCGCUGGCAGAACUCCAUCCGCCACUCGCUCUCCUUCAACGACUGCUUCGUCAAGGUGGCGCGCUCGCCCGACAAGCCGGGCAAGGGCUCCUACUGGACGCUGCACCCGGACUCGGGCAACAUGUUCGAGAACGGCUGCUACCUCCGCCGCCAGAAGCGCUUCAAGUGCGACAAGCAGGCCGGGGCCAAAGCCGGCCAGGGCGGCGGCCCCGCGGGGGAGGCCCGCAAAGACCCGGCGGGCGCCGGCUCGCCCCUGCAGCGGGGCCAGCCCAAAGGAGGCCCGCUCGAGUCGGCAGCCCCCUCGAACCCCGGCGCCGCGGGCAGCCCCCAGGCCCUGGACCACGGCGGCAGCGGAGCCGAGCUGAAGCCUUCCGUAGCGGCGGCAGCGGCUGCAGCGGCUGCGGCGGCGGUAGCGGCGGCCUCGGUGCAGACCGGCCCGGCCUUGGCGUCGCUGGGCCAUCCGGGUCACUCGCUCGGGCACCACGAGUCGCAGCUGCACCUGAAGGGCGACCCCCACUAUUCCUUCAACCACCCCUUCUCCAUCAACAACCUCAUGUCCUCCUCGGAGCAGCAGCACAAGCUGGACUUCAAGGCCUACGAGCAAGCGCUGCAAUAUUCCUCCUACGGGGCCGGCUUGCCUAGCGGGUUGCCCCUCAGCAGCGCCUCCAUGGGCGGCAGGGGUGGCAUUGAGCCCUCGGCCCUGGAGCCCUCCUACUACCAAGGUGUGUAUUCCAGACCCGUCCUAAACACCUCUUAGCUGGUGGGGACUGGAGGGGCAAGCCGGCUGAAUCCCCUUGCCUGAUUUGUCUGUCUCCUCUAGAUCUCUAGCCAAACUGACCAGGCAUUUCCCUCCCUCCCAGCAGUACAAUCCGUGCGAAAGAGGGUGGGGGGAGCAGAAAGGGGGAGAAAAGAGAGAAAGGACUGUUACUUUAUCAUUGUAUCCCAAUGCAUCGUGUUUAUUCUGUUUUGAACUGGAAAGUCCAUCAAUUCCCAAUCACCACACACACACACUGUAUAUAUCAGCCUUGUCUUCCCCACUCAUGACCACUGUAGACUUUGGAUAGAAAGAAAGAAAGAAAGAAAGAAAGAAAGAAAGAAAGAAAGAAAGAAAGAAAGAAAGAAAGAAAGAAAGAAAGAAAGAAAGAAAGAAAGAUUUUUUCCUACUACUUCCCCUUUGGUGUAACCUCACCAGAAUUUCCAGGUUUGUGGCAGUAUUUUAAUCCGUUGGAGAUAAAGAACCAAAGUUAGACAUUUAGAUUACAUUAAAGUAAGGGAGCCUUCGAAGGACAUUACAGUGCGGAGAAGCAGCAAAACACCAAGGGCUGUGUGUGUCGCUGAGCAGACAGGGAGCUCAAGCCGCCCUGUCGCCUCUUGGGAAAACCGCGGAAGUCAAUGGCAAAAGGCCUCCCUACGCAACUGACGCCCAGGGAGGUCCCGGACUGCGGCCUUAAGGCCUGAAGCCUCUUGCAGCAGAAAGCUGGAGUUCCAGAUGAGACUCCUGCUUCUCCCAAAUUGCCUGGGAUUGGGAUAUGAUACAGGUCACUGAAGCCAUUUAACGGCAUUUCCUUGUUUCCCGCCCCCGCCCCCCACCAAGCUGUUACUGAGGAGUCUCCUCCAUCAGGGAAUCUCCUGGCCACGUGGAUGAACCGGUUAUUUAACGCCCCGAUCCUUCUCGGACUCUGCCACAGUCUGUCCGGAGGCUGCUCUUAGCCCAGCCUUCCCACGCAGCCCAUUCGAAGCUAGAGGGAGGAUUUGCCCCCUUCUCCACAGAUCAAUCAAUAACGGGGAAGUAAUCAUGAUUCCCCCACCCACCCCCUCUCCCCGGAUUUGUUGUGGCCUCUUAAUUAUUGCCGUUGUUAGCACGUUCAUCCAGUGUUAAUGCACUUUCCACCGUUUUUACACAAUGUUUUUAGCAUAGCCAGACGGGUGUUUUUGUUUUUGUUUUAAGUUUUCUUAUUUCUUCUGUUGGCUUUCUCAUUGUUCUUAAUUUAUUUGCAUGGUUUAUACUUUUCUUUCUUUUCAGCUUGAAAUGGCUUUAAAUGACGGUUUUAAAAUGACUCGUACCAUUUUAAAGAAAAAAAAUUAAAAUGUUAAUUUUAUAAUAAAUGUGAUUGUAAUGGAGAAAACGUAUUGAUGUUUUUUGAAAUUAUAAUUAAUAAUGUAAGACGAAAUGGGCCCUUUAUCUCUUGAUCAUUUGCAGUUAAGGACAUUAAAUAAAUCAAAGAUUAU